AGCCGCUUCCCUCCAGUCCCAAGUCCCAACCCGAACUCGCACGCCAAGAAUUCUAGAAUCUCUCUUUAAGAGGGAUACAGAGUAGGAAAGAGACAGAGGGGGCAAAGAGCGAUGGACGCCGCGGUGCGGAAGGCCGCGGGCGCCGGCAUCGCGCGCGCGCCGGCGCUGGUGCUAGCGCUGGUGGCGGCGGGGGCGUUCCUGAUCUCCUACAACUUCUUCACCAUGCUGUUCCACGGCGGCGGCGGAAUAGGCGCGGCGGUGACCGCUGGGACGAGGGACCCUGUGGUGGCCAUGCCAGCGUGGAUGCGCGCGGCGGCGGACACCGAGGCGCGACGGCGGCCGUUCCAUGUGGCGCUCACGGCCACGGACGCGCCCUACAGCCGGUGGCAGUGCCGGGUCAUGUACUUCUGGUACAAGCGGAUGCAGGCGCGGCCGGGCGGAGAGGCCAUGGGCGGGUUCACGCGCGUGCUGCACUCGGGGAAGCCCGACGGGCUCAUGGACGAGAUCCCCACCUUCGUCGUCGACCCGCUGCCCGCUGGCAAGGACCACGGAUAUGUGGUCCUAAAUAGGCCGUGGGCAUUUGUGCAGUGGCUUCAGAAAGCAAAGAUUGAAGAAGAGUAUAUACUAAUGGCAGAACCAGACCAUAUAUUUGUGAAACCUCUACCAAAUUUGGCCCAUGACGAUGACCCAGCAGCAUUUCCCUUCUUUUACAUUACACCAUCAGAACAUGAAAAAAUUAUCAGGAAAUACUAUGCUAAAGAAAGAGGUCCUGUCACAGAUAUCGAUCCGAUUGGGAAUUCUCCUGUGAUCAUUAAGAAGACAAUUCUUGAGAAGAUUGCCCCCACAUGGAUGAAUGUGUCAAUUCAAAUGAAAGAGGAUGAAGAGACAGAUAAAGUUUUUGGAUGGGUGUUGGAAAUGUAUGCAUACGCUGUUGCUAGCGCAUUGCAUGGAGUUCAUCAUAUCCUUCGUAAAGAUUUCAUGAUCCAGCCACCUUUUGAUACAAAGCUCCAGAAUACAUUUAUAAUCCACUUCACUUAUGGAUGUGACUACUCACUAAAGGGUGAACUGACCUAUGGUAAAGUUGGUGAAUGGCGAUUUGACAAAAGAUCAUUCCCAGAUAGGCCACCACCAAGAAAUCUUACAUUGCCCCCUCCUGGAGUACCAGAAAGUGUGGUUACUCUAGUGAAAAUGGUCAAUGAAGCUAGUGCAAACCUUCCUCGGUGGGAUGAUGGAAUAUAAACUUUGGAUGAUGUCAAUUAUAUCUUAGGUUCCUUUGAUCUGCCCUUGUAUAUGGGGAAUAUCAAAGUAUCAGGUGCAGUCGGUUGUUUGGUUUACAUCCAAAAUAGCUGCUUGCACUUGCACACCAUACCUGAUAGAAGAAGAUACAUAAUUUUCUCAUUGUACUUUUUAGGAAAAGAAAAGAAAUGAAAGUAAAGUUAGCAUCGAUUUAUCU